AUGUCAUUGAAACAGUUAUUAGAAGAGCAUUUAAAAGCACAUCCUACGCCAGAAGCUAAGAUUUCAUACGGUACAGCGGGCUUUAGAUCAAAAGCAACCAAUUUAGAUUAUGUCAACUAUACGGUUGGAAUUUUAGCAGCCCUCAGAUCGAAGCAUUUUAAAGGAAAAACCAUAGGAUUAAUGGUUACUGCAUCUCACAAUCCACCAGAGGAUAAUGGGGUGAAACUAGUGGAUCCAUAUGGUAGUAUGUUAGAAUCUUCUUGGGAGCAACAUGCUACAAAUCUAGCUAAUAGUAGCCACGAUGAACUAUUGAAGACUAUUGAGGGAAUUGUGCUGACAUUCGGAAUAGAUAUGGAUCAAGAAGCAAAUGUUGUGGUUGGAAUGGAUUCUAGAGACUCGAGUCCAGAAUUGACACAGUCUUCCAUUGAUGGACUCAAGAGCAUUCCGUUUACUAAAUAUACUAAUUAUGGCUUAUUGACUACACCUCAGUUACACUAUUUGACGAGAACGUCUAAUGAUCCAUCCUUUGGUGAAGUAUCUGAAGCAGGAUAUUAUUCAAAAAUUACCAAGGCAUAUCAGAAUAUUUAUAAACUUGCAAACCUAGAAGGCAAGUCUGACGUUACAAUUGACUCAGCCAAUGGUGUGGGUGCCCCAAAGAUUUCUAUUCUAUUGAAUGAUUAUUUACUGAAUGAAUUAUCGUUUACAUCAGUGAAUGAGGCCAUCAGUUUGCCUGAUCUCUUGAAUUACGAAUGUGGUGCUGAUUUUGUAAAGACAAACCAAAGACUACCAAAGAAUGUCGAAAACCCAAAAAUCAACAUCCUCUAUGCUUCAUUUGAUGGUGAUGCAGAUAGGUUGAUCUGCUAUUAUCAAAACGAACAAGAUGAGUUCAAGCUUUUAGACGGUGAUAAAAUAGCCACUCUUAUCGCAACUUUCUUUCAAAAAAUUUUGAAAGAUAUCGAUGAGUCGAAAUUGUCUCUCAAGAUAGGUCUAGUUCAGACAGCUUAUGCUAAUGGAGCUUCCACCAAAUUCGUUGAAGAUGUCCUUAAAAUUCCUGUUAGCUGUACACCUACAGGAGUUAAACAUUUACAUCACGAAGCAGAGAAAUUUGACAUUGGUGUCUACUUCGAAGCAAAUGGUCAUGGAACUGUUAUAUUCUCUCCUGAUGCUGAGGCCAGUAUUUUCAAUUUUGAGAGCUCAAAUGAAAAAGAAGAGAAGGCAAUUAGGAUUUUGCAAGAGUUUUCAAAGCUAAUUAAUCAGACAGUGGGGGAUGCUAUCACUGACUUGUUAGCAGUUUUGAUAAUUAUGAAGUUACUUGACCUAACCCCAGAGGACUGGGAAAAAUCAUACAAAGAUUUACCUAAUAAAUUAAUUAAAGUCAUUGUUUCAGACAGAUCUAUUUUUAAAACUACAAAUGCUGAGAGAACUUUGGUGGAACCUGAGGGUUUGCAAGAAAAGAUUGAUGAACUCGUCAAAAAGUAUCCACAUGGAAGGUCGUUUGUUAGGGCUUCUGGAACGGAAGAUGCAGUAAGAGUCUAUGCCGAAGCUGACACGAAUGAACAUGCAAAUGAAUUGGUUAAUUCAGUAGCAAAUUUAGUGAAAUCAUAA